AUGGAAGGCAAGAGGAAAUACCGUGGAGGAGCUGACAAACAUAGAGAGAGACAACGAAAAUUGCUCAAGAAAGAAGCUGGGAAGUGCAAAAACAUAUGUGAUAUGUUUUAUCACAGAUCUAGUAGUUCUAAAGAACAUCCAGUAGAUCAAGUAGUUCAACCAGAUGAUACUGAGAAACUUCCAGUAAAUCAAGUAGUUCAACCAGAUAAUACUGAGGAACAUUCAGUAGAUCGAGUAGUUCAACCAGAUAAUAGUAAUACUGAGGAACUUCCAGUAGAUCAAGUAGUUCAACCAGAUAUUAGUAAUACUGAGAUUGUAACUUCUAUGGUUCAAAACAAGUUAUUUGAGGAAAAUACUAUGUUUGAAAAUGAUCCUGUAAGGUUUAUUAAAAUUAAAUCAUGGACCCAUGAGUUACGAAAUAUGGUUCUGAAGUUAGGUCCCUGUCAGCCAAAUGAAUAUGAAUUGGAAAACAAAAGUUUUCCCAAAAAUACUUCAAACAGAAGUUUUCAUAGCUUUUGGUACUCAAGAAAAUUAAUUGUCAAUACCUAUGUGAAUCGGGAAUGGCUGACAUACUCUCCAAAGCUUGACAAAAUAUUUUGCUUGUAUUGUAUUCUUUAUUGUGCCAAAUCAAAUGAUGCUUGGAUAAAGAAUGGCUUAAACUACUGGAAAAACAGUCUAAUGUCCAUUAGUCAAGCAUGA